CCCCCAAAACAAUGGCGGUGGAGGGGCAGUUCUCUGACGUACCACAUGGUUGCGUUUGUUGUGCUGGGGUUCAAUGCGUACGUAACUCUCGAGUACGACAGGCAAUGCAACUCUCUUUCCAAUUCGCUUGCUAGCAAAAGCAGGGUAUCAAGAGAAACGAAAAGCCGGGACGGAGAGAGAGAUGAGAACUGAGUUUCCCAGAUGAGGGAGCGACGGGCUUAUGGCUUUUAAAUGGCUUUCAGAUCCAGCUAGAGAACCUGGCAUGUAUGGCGGGGAGCGUGUUUCUUUUGACCGUAACGAGACCAGUGAGGCUUUGUACCCCCCUGCACCUGCACUAUGGUACUUGCCCACUUGGCUGGCUCUUCGUCUUUUCGUCAUUUCGUCUUUGCGUCUUGUCGCUCGUGUCUUGGCUGGCCAAGCCGUUGGUGUCCUUCGUGAAGUCUUUCUUUUGGCAUGACAAGCUCCUGGCCUCCAGUUACGCCCAUCAUCGGGAUUACUUCUUUGAAGUUGUGGUGGUUUGUUGGCAGGUUAUCAAUGUUAUCCACAGUCUAAUUGUCUUGCUCGUAAGGGUACUUUGUACGAUCUCGCCAUAUUCCUCAACUUUCCAUGGCCAAUUCCUCCAUUUCUCAUUUCUAUGCUGCUUCUGUCUUGAGUAUCUUGCGUUGCCAGCAGUGCAUUUGAUCGGCGCUUUGCAAUACAUCCCAAACCGCCUCCAGGUUUGGAAGGUUUACCCUUUCUUUCAGCUCAAAGUGCAUCCCGCAAAAGUUGGGUGCCACGGCCAACUAGCGCUAGACGUCCCAUUGGUGACUACACGGGGUUUAUGGCUUGCUUGCAUUGGUGUACUUUUUUCCCGGCUUGCUGAAACAGAAUUGAUGAACUGGGGUUGCUGGGCUGUUGCUUGCGGGCUCGUAGCGCUGCCGAGCUCUAGAAGCCAGAUGCAUGGCAUCAGAUAUUGUGGAUCGCCCCUUCCGUCCAUCAUCUGAAGAACAAAGGCGACCUAACAACAACGCCCAAGCCGGUCAAUCAACUCUCAACGGCCGCCUGUCAAAUUCCUUAAGUCGGAUCUCAAUUCCCAUUGCUUUCCUCGGAAGGAUUGAUCCUUCCGAAAGAAUGAA